AUGGUCCAAAAUGGGGAAAGGCCGCGGCCCACAGUAAAUGUAGAGAGCCCGCGGCCCACAGUAAAUGUAGAGAGGCCGCGGCCCACAGUAAAUGUAGAGAGCCCGCGGCCCACAGUAAAUGUAGAGAGCCCGCGGCCCACAGUAAAUGUAGAGAGCCCGCGGCCCACAGUAAAUGUAGAGAGCCCGCGGCCCACAGUAAAUGUAGAGAGGCCGCGGCCCACAGUAAAUGUAGAGAGGCCGCGGCCCACAGUAAAUGUAGAGAGGCCGCGGCCCACAGUAAAUGUGGAGAGCCCGCGGCCCACAGUAAAUGUAGAGAGCCCGCGGCCCACAGUAAAUGUAGAGAGGCCGCGGCCCACAGUAAAUGUAGAGAGCCCGCGGCCCACAGUAAAUGUAGAGAGCCCGCUGCCCACAGUAAAUGUAGAGAGCCCGCGGCCCACAGUAAAUGUAGAGAGCCCGCGGCCCACAGUAAAUGUAGAGCGCCCGCGGCCCACAGUAAAUGUAGAGAGCCCGCGGCCCACAGUAAAUGUAGAGAGGCCGCGGCCCACAGUAAAUGUAGAGAGCCCGCGGCCCACAGUAAAUGUAGAGAGCCCGCGGCCCACAGUAAAUGUAGAGCCCGCGGCCCACAGUAAAUGUAGAGAGCCCGCGGCCCACAGUAAAUGUAGAGAGCCCGCUGCCCACAGUAAAUGUAGAGAGCCCGCGGCCCACAGUAAAUGUAGAGAGCCCGCGGCCCACAGUAAAUGUAGAGAGCCCGCUGCCCACAGUAAAUGUAGAGAGGCCGCGGCCCACAGUAAAUGUAGAGAGCCCGCGGCCCACAGUAAAUGUAGAGAGCCCGCGGCCCACAGUAAAUGUAGAGAGCCCGCGGCCCACAGUAAAUGUAGAGAGCCCGCGACACAUCUAAGUUUAACUGGAAAAUCUCUAGUUAUUUCAGGAAGUUAGCUGGCUAACUCAUGGAUCCUGCAUUGUAGUACCGGUAUACCCCUCAGGAGAACCCCGGCCCACCUGGCGCUUAAAGUUGUAAAUGACGUUACAAAACUCUAAAUGACGUUUUAAAGUUCUAAAUGACGUUACACAAUUCUAAAUGACGUUACAAAACUCUAAAUGACGUUACACAAUUCUAAAUGACGUUACACAAUUCUAAAUGACGUUACACAAUUCUAAAUGACGUUACAAAACUCUAAAUGACGUUACACAAUUCUAAAUGACGUUACAAAUCUCUAAAUGACGUUACAAAUCUCUAAAUGACGUUACAAAACUCUAAAUGACGUUACACAAUUCUAAAUGACGUUUUAAAGUUCUAAAUGACGUCACAAAAUUCUAAAUUCCAUUAAAGUUGUAAACAGAUCCAUAGCCCCCCCGUUUAAUUGAGAUGGGGACAAUACAGUUCUAAAUGAAGUGCCGUAGCAUUUUGAACUGUUAAUGAUUUCUAUCCAUACAUUUCUAGAACUGUAAUUGCUGUGGUCUGUGUAUCGUCAUUUUAAAUGUAAUGUGAGUUGUGGUUUUGUUAGAUGUACUCAUGCCAGCGGUUCUUUUUAGUUUUCUACACCUGCAGUAUCAUUUUGUAACAAAGUAACUUUUUAAAGUUUUCAGACACUUGUCUGUUUUAUCAGAGGAGAUCACUUUGGUCACACAAGAAUGUUUAUAAGCACAGGCAAUAGGAUGCCAUUUAGGACAGACCCAGUUUACAAAUGAAAAUACCUUCAGCAGGACAGUAACUCUUCAGAUAUACUAUUUUGUAUCUAGCCAUUGAGUCACUCAUAGGAUUCUCCAACUUUGAAAAUAAAUGUUUUUAUAUCAA